AUGCCACCAAAGAUCCAACAAUCCAAGGCUGCCAAGGCCGCCGCCGCCAUGGCCGGUGGAAAGAAGUCCAAGAAGAAGUGGUCCAAGGGAAAGAACGCCAAGGACAAGGCCCAACACGCCGUUAUCCUUGACCAGGAGAAGUACGACAGAAUCAUGAAGGAUGUUCCAACCUUCAGAUACGUCUCUGUGUCCGUCUUGGUUGACAGACUUAAGAUUGGUGGCUCCAUGGCCCGUGUUGCUCUUAGACAGUUGGAGCGCGAGGGAAUCAUCAAGCCAGUUUUGAACCACUCCAAGCAACAGAUCUACACCCGUGCUUCUGCCUCUGAGUAA